CGGAGGAGGAAAAGGCAGAGAGAGAGAGCCCAGCCCUUGAAUACACGGCAACAACAAGCCGACUCAGAGAGAGGGAGAGACGCAGAAAGCACCGGCCGUAUUUCUGAUUUGUUUUGGGGGGGAUGAAGCUCAGGGAGCCGUCGACGCUGCUGCGGACAUGAACUGAAAAGACACACUGGAAGAGGCGGGGAUCGGUGUUCCUAUAUAUCCCGAACAUUCACUGUAAAGGUGGAAAAAAAAUAGCACCGCCCCCCAAAAAGAGCGAGCCUCCUGUCUCCCCUCUUGACACUUCUUGUUCAGAUAGUGCUACACCCAAAGCCCCGAUCGACCCCCUCCUGCUCCUGCUGCUCCACCCCUCCGCCGCUGCACCGCUCCGGCAACCGAGAUGCACACGGAGACCCGUAACAAGAAAUGCCAGUCGACUCCAAAGCAGAAGAAGAGUGCCGCUGGUGCCCGAAAGAAGCAGAGGAGCCCGGCCAAGCAGAGCGCCGUGACCCGGCAGCCGCCGUCCUCACCUCCGCCCCCCGCCGCCCGACGAGAGCAGGAGGAGGAGGAAGAGCUGGUGACUGGGCCUCGGCCGCCGCACGAGGAAGAGGAGAAGCCGAAGGAGGUGGGGACGCUCACCAUCAGGGUGAAGCAGGAGGAAACGGAAGAGGAGAAGGAGGCCCAAGGCCGGAGAGACAUGCCCUCAGUACAGAUCAAACCAGAGCCAGAGGAGAUGGAGUGCACGGCGGACGUAGGUGAUGACUGCUCCCAACCCACAGACCUGAAAAUGAAGUCAGAGUUCAAGGCGGAGCCGUCUUCGCCUCACUCGAGUCCUGCUGAGGACCAGACCGAACCCGUCGACCUGUCGCUCAAUAAGCCUCGCUCUGCUUCCACAACGAGCUCCACGGUCAAUCCGGCGCCCAGCAGCGUCAUGUCCCAGCCCGGCCUUUCAGCCACGCCCGUUCCCUCCACGGUACAAUCCAUAGGCUCGAUGGUCCUCUCUCCAGGUUCUAUCCUAGCAACACAAGGAGCCGGAGGACAGCAGAUUCUCCACGUCAUCCAUACAAUCCCGUCGGUCAGCAUGCCGAGCAAGGUGGGCCAACUGCAGACCAUCCCUGUGGUGGUGCAGUCGCUUCCUGUAGUUUACACCACCAUGCCCACAGACGGCGUCGCAACGGCAGCCAUCACAGUGCCACUGAUAGGCAGCGACGGGCGCUCAGAAGGAUCAGUUCGCAUCAAGCCGGGUUCGACGUCUCCAGUGGAGUAUCAGAGUGACAGCGACGCAGAGAGCGGUACAGAGUCUGGAUCGGCCUCCCUCAGCGCCCAGAGCAUCGACGCAGGGUCAGUUAUAGACUUGGAACCUGUCGAUCCUGAUACACUAGACCUAAAGCGGCGGCGGAUCCACAUGUGUGACUAUGAAGGCUGUAAAAAAGUUUAUACCAAGAGCUCUCACCUCAAAGCCCACAGGAGGAUACACACAGGAGAGAAGCCGUACCACUGUACUUGGGAGGGCUGCACCUGGCGCUUCGCCCGCUCCGACGAGCUCACCCGACACUUCCGCAAGCACACAGGAAUCAAACCUUUCCGCUGCACGGAAUGCGACCGCUCUUUCUCCCGGUCUGACCAUUUGUCCCUUCACCGCCGCCGCCACGUGAUGAUGUGAACUCCCCUCGAAAACCAGCCCAUCGAACCGACCUCUGACCCUCUCGGGUUCCCAGAGUCUAGACAAGAGCCUCCACGUUGUUCCACGUUUUGCGUCCAGGAUUUCUAAACACAAUUUGCAGAGGGGGAGCAAGAACACUUCCUCCUUCUCUCCAUGUUGAAAUUACAGGACAACUGGGAGUGUGUCUGUCCAUAUGUGUUUAUGCAUGGUGGAUUUAUUAAUUAUCUUCAUUGUGCACCCCAGUUCAGUCCUAUCUCUACAAUCCAGAACUCAGUUUUUGAAAGAAUUGGAAAAAGAAGACGGGACUGAAACUCACUCAUUCAUUCAUCCAUCCAUUAGUCCAUCCAAGGGAGAGGAGGAAGAGUAGGGGAUACAAAGAGGUUGUUCAGUGUUUUUUUAAAACCUAAUGUAACUUGGAUGUCACUUCAGUUGCUCUUUUCUUUCUUUCUUUUUUCAUUCUGAAUUCAGUUUAAGUCUGGAGUUGGUGAAGAGUUGUUCAGUCGCUCCUCAAAGAGUCCAGGAACCUUUUCAGGAAUGUUGACGACGGAGUCGUUUUUCAUGGAUUACUGCAUCGAUGCAGCGUGGCACAUAGGCGACCAGAAGGUGGUUUAUAAAUGACCUUUAGCUCGCCUUCAUUGGUGGAUCUGGUUUAUCUCAUCUUUUAAGUCACAUCAUAGUAAAUGUUUACUCCAGAUUUUUAAUGAAUGGAGGAAAUUUAACUGACCUCCUGGGGUUCCUUGCAUAUGCAGCCUCAAAUAUUUAUGGAUAAAGUACUUCGCUGACUCCAUGUUGCAAACCCACCUGCAGCAGCAGCUGAAGUGACAUCUCUGGCACCCUGGUCCUCAAACCAACCCACCUUCCCGCCUCUCCUCGGUACAUGGAGCUGCAAGACUGUGAACUUUUUAAAGACUGAUUUGUUUUUUGUUUUUUUCCAGUGUAUCAGUCACGUUGUUUUUGUUCUCCCUUCACCUCUCCCUCGGGCGUGCACACACACUUUUCCAAUCCUUCUUCGGCAACAGUAUUUGCUUUAUAUGCAUUCUUAUUGGUGUUUUACACAAAAAAAAGAAAGAAGGAAAGCUAAAUCUUCGGUGAACACUUUGUUUUCUUCUUCCUCCAGGUUUGCCAAUCUGAACAGUAACGGCAACAAAAAAAAUAAAUAAGUCAGAUCCUUUUUGUUGAUUUUCUGAGGCUGUGAAAAAGACGGAGCAACACAAGUUGUUUAAUAAGACGAACUCUUCAUGCAGGGAAAUAUAAUAGGGGGGACUUUUCAGAUUGUGUGUUAGUUGCCUGCGUUUGUGUGACUGUGGGUGAGUUUUGAGAAAAAAAAACAAAAAAAAAACUAGAAAUAAUCAGAAAUGAACAUUUUUACGAGUGUUUAUUGCGGGCAUUUGUCAACGUUCUUUUACCUCUUGCCCGUUGAGCCUUAAUAACUGAAGUCAAUCUGUAAGGGCGAAACCAGAACCACUGAGACGAAGUUUGCAGUCCAACACCGUGACGUAAUAAAUCAAAUAAAUCAUAAAUCCAGCAGCUUUAGGAGGUUUUCUUAGGCCUGGUCCACACGUAGCCGGAUGUCAUCCACACGUAAACUCAGUUUAAUAUCAUUAAAAUCGAUUUGUGUUUCACUGACCCUGUAUUCUAGUACGGUUACUAAAAGUAGCUCAACCUUUGUUUUCUUUUUUUUUUUCAAAAAAUAUUUUAAAUUCCAAACAAAUACAUUACAUCGAAAGAUUUUCAACACAAUAAAGACAAAUUAUGACGUAUAAAUAAUAUAAAUUAACCACAAUCAUCGGCAAUAUUGCUGUUGAUGUCUAGAAAUAUACCAUAUAAAAUAAAUUAAGCAAAAAAAAAGUUCAAUAUAUACAUAAAUGAGUAAAAUAAAAUAAUGUGCACCUUUUAGUUUGUUCAAAUACUACUAUUUUCUUAAAUGUGCAAGAGAAAUCAAAUACAUAUAAAGGGUCUGUUACAAUGAAAAUAAGGAAUAUAAAAAAGGGCUCUGCUUAUGAGAUAAAGUUACAUUUAUUUUCGUUUAUUAAUCCUUAAAGCAGCUCAUCCGCUCUGUCCACACAAAUCCUAGUGCCAUGUUUUAUUCCUUACAGGAAGUCGUGGUUGUUUUGAAGGAUGUAAUUGGCUGACAUAGAUUUCAGCUUUGCCCUACACUGCCCCCUAUGGGUUUGGCAUGUUUGAAACAACGGUGAGUGGUGUAAUUCAGCAGGUUCGUGUUGAUGAAGACCUUUCUUAAACACAUAUUGUGGACACAAUGUUAUUUUUUUCAAAUGAUGUGGCAGAAAUACUUGUUUUUAUAAAGACUCGGCUACGUGUGUUCAAGACCUUAAAGACCGGGAAGAAAAUGUGAGGAUCUCCACUAGAUUAGUUUCAAAAUUCAUUUUGUGAAUGUGUAGCACCAGAAAUCGCUCCAUUUUGCGCCUCAUGUUCAUCUUUGUUGAAACAUACAGUGGCGUACGUCAGGUUUUGGCUGUAGGUCGUCUGUCAGAGGUUCUGAAUGAAAUUACAGGCACUGUGCCGGGCUGUCAGGGUCCAUCACACCUUUGGGUUCAGACCACGGGGAAACUAAAGUGCUCUCCUCACUAGCAUUUCUACCCCAAAGGAGGUCAAUCCUCUCAGUAAAUAUACAGUACGCUCCACAAAAUACUGAGCAAAUCUGGAUUUAAUGGGUUUUUUUGUUUGUUUUUUGUUUUUCAGUGCUGUUCAGCACACAAAUCAAACUGUUGGUGUUUCGGAGCAGAACUGAUCCUGUGUACAUGUCUUAAACAGGCUGGUUUCCAACCCCUGACCUGGGCUGAACUUGAUUAUGCAACAAAACGCAGACCUCGCUCCAUGCGCUGUUUUGUUCAACUCAGUAAGUAGAGCACUAGCUUGGUAGUUUGAACUCACAAGAACCUUAAAAAUGGGGGAACGUCAGGAUAGGAGCCCGUGUUGUUGAGCAAAGCCAACAGAUUCUAAGUUUUUAUGGAGGCUUCGUUGGCGAUUGAAAAAAACCUCUUUUAUAGUUCUGGUCUGUGCAUGUGCAAAAACAAAGAAAAGAAAAAUAUAUUCUGUUUAUAGACCAUACAGAUUUUUGUCAUCAUUUAAAAUAUUCGAAUGUGAGAAUGCAAAGUUAGUGAAUGAAAUGGACAUGCAGGUUUCCUGUGAGCUGAGUGCAUGCUGGGACGAGGGCAGGUUGUUGCUUGAUCUGCAAACUGCAAAAGAAGAGCAAUCCAAAUACAGUCACUGGAUCUGAUUCUGGAUUUUAACGUGUUUUGCUGUAAAUCAGUGGAGGCCAGUUAAAAGAAAUCUGAAAAAUUCUUCACAUAAAAACAAAUGUUUAAAAUCCUAACUCAGUUCAGUCACUGGUUUGGAGGGACAUUGUUCUUUUUACUUGAGCAGACCAACACAAUAGUCCCAGUUUUCUUAUUAUCCCCCCUUGCUUCAAGUAAAAAAAGAAAAAGUUACUAAGCACAUCUUUUUAGAAGAGUUUAUGCAUUUGAUUGCAAUUUUCUUUCUUUUGUAAACUGUUGAUAAGACAUUAAGGACAAAUAAUUAAAAGAAAUCCAUGUACAUAACUGUAUAUAAUCAGAAAGUGCAGAGUAAAUGUAAUGGGUGAAUUUCUAUUUUUAACACUGACUAGAUAAUGUGAAAAAAAAAGUUUUUUUCUUUUUCUUCCUUUGUUGGUUUGAUGACAAUGUGUUUCAUCAUGUGUGCUGUCCCCCCAAAAUCUAAUACAUUUGUUUCGUAGUUUCUUAAAAAGUGGUCCCACUUGUGUUGUGCACACUUGUGUUGCAUGGAGAAUAGAUUUGUUUUUUCUUAUAGUGACGUUGGUGAGCAUGUAAGUGCGUGUGAGACAGUUUGGGCAGGGUGAGGAUUUUUUAUUAAAAAAGACAAACAGGGUUUUUAUUUUUAAAUAGUAAGAGAGCUUAAUAUUUUAUCAGUGGACCUGAUUUGAAUUCUGUCACACAAAAAUCACUCAGAUGUUGUCGGUGAGGUCAGGUGUGGUCAAAAGAAACAGACUUACUGGGGGUUAAAUCAGAAGCUAGCUUCACAUGUUUUACUUCUGUAGAAAGUUUGAAAAGUUCCCAAAUAGUACAUAAAAGAUUGUUGUUAUACAAACAAAAUACAUUACCACAAAAAGAUUUCAGCCAUAGAAGCAAAACGAUCUUUAACUUAGAUGCUACAUAAACUUAGCUCACUAGGGUUUAAGGAGGGUUGAAGUAACAAUUGUGAACUAUUUUUCUUUAGAAAAUGUUUUUUCAAUCUAGUUUUAGAUCUUAAUGUCGCCAUAAAACUCAAUCAAAAGACAAAAUUCUUCCGAGAAAUAUCAAUUAUAUCAUGGCUAAAUAUUCUGUUGAGGCAAAUGGAGCAAUACUAGUUUGUGAUUCUUGUAACAUUUCAGCUUUUAAUUUCACAUUUUUUACAUUUUAGUUUUCUUUUAGUUUAAAAAUACCAUUGAACAUAUAGUUUUAUCUAGAGACGUUGAAGAGAUUACAAGUCGUCUUCUACUAACUCUAAAUAGGUAGCUAAUUCACUCAAAUGCAACACUAGUUGGUAAUAUCAAAGGUGGACCAGAAAAAAAUUCAAAAUUUCUUGCUUUAUCUGUGUUUCUCAAACUUCAUGCAGCUGUUGACCCCAAUGCUGAAAUGCAUAAAGAAUGAAAAAUCAAACUAAAGAAGCUCAAUAUUGAAGAAACAGGCACAAACACUGACAUUUCCAGUACUUUACCAAUUCAUUAAUGAAAUUAAAAUUUCUGUAAUUUUUUAAAGCUAAGCUAUACAAAUGCUCUAAAACUAUAAAUUAUGUUUUAAGUCGGAGAACUAUUACAAUCCCUGACCAAUAAAUCUAUCUGCAAGCUAGUUUACACACAUGCUAUCUAACUUUAGUUCACUAAAGCAUUUACUAGCAUUUAUGAUGGAGUAAGAAAUCAAAUGUUAAUUUUCUUUUUUAUUGGAAGUUUUUCAAUUUAUUAGCUACAGUUGGAGAUAUAAAUUCCAUUAUCUAAAUGUGAGAGACACUCUUCACUAAGGAGCAACGUAUUUUAUACUGCUGUGACCCCACCGAAUCUGGUUUAUUACUCAGUAAAGCCACCCAAAAUGAAUACUUGAAACUAUUAUGAUUAUUAUUUCAGCAGUAUCAUGGAGCAUCCAGAUUAAAUGUUUGUAGAAACAUUUUAAAUCAAAUAUGUUUUGGCUAAGGCAAACGUAUCACAGUCGGAUAAAACAAAACUUUAUGGCAAACUAGAACUGAAUUCUGUUAGAAAACAAGCAAGCUGUGUUUUUAUCCUUCACCCCAGAUCUUACGUCCCUUCACUUUAGAGAGUAGCACUUUAGGGAAAAUACUUAACAAGCACAAGAAAUCACAGAAGCUUUUGUGAGCAAAAACACUUUACACCUAUAGAGUCACACUGAGGAGAGUCAGUAAACACCUGGUCAUGACGACUCGGACAGAGUGUGUUAUUGUGGGAUUUGGAGGGUAAAAUGUCCAGAGUGAAACAAUGUGAAAAAGUAUUUGCUUCCUCACAAAUUUUGUCGGGUUUUGGCAAACUAAAUAUUUCACAUCAGCAAACAAGUUUAAUUAUCAGACAAAAAUGACUACAGAAAGUAUAAAACGCUGUUUUUAGAUUUAAUUUGAGAUAGGCACAGUAUGAAAAAGGAGUUGUUCCCUAAGUCAAAUUAUUGUCUCCAUAUUAUUUGCAGUACUUGGCAAUGAGCCUUUUAUGAGACUGUGGAAGAUUAGUGGUCCUUUUAAGUAUAACUCAGAGCAUGAUGUGUUGCUUAUUGAAAAUGUUUAGCCUACUUCAUGCUGUCUGAUGGGUUCUUUUGAGGUAAUUCCUUGAUUCUCCAGGUCUGAUUUGAUCACAUCAAAUUCAAAAUUUAAAUGGACCUUUCCAAAAAAUACUGGUCAUCUUGCUACAAAAAGUAUGGAACAAUUUCUUUCAGGAUAUUAAAAUGCAUUUAAUGAUAUAAAACCUUUAAAGCUAAACCAACAUAAAUAUGUAAGAGAGCAAAUACUUUUUCAUUUUUCUGUUCUGGUUGUUUUUUCUUUAUCAAAUCUUUUGUUAGUCAGUAUUCCUUCAGAGGUGUUUUUGUCUUAUUUUUUUUUUUUUUAAUGUACACAACCGGGGAUGUUCAUCUGUGAAACAUAUUGUUAGAGUUUGACCCCUGCUGAGACGUCACCGCCCGUGUCCGUCUGCGUGCCUCGAACCACCGUGAAUCAUUUCUCCCGCAAAACCCAGAACUUUUAGGUAUUUUCUAUUUGAAUGCAGUAACUUAUGGGCCAGUAGUGUAUUUACUCAGUGCAAUGCAGUUAUCAUAAUAAUACAAUUAUCUCUUAGUUUCUCUUGAUUUCUAUUUUUAUUUGUACAGAACAAAAGUGUAAAGAUCAGUGCGGAAAACGUGAGCUUUUUGAUACUGUGACUCAUGGUGUUUAAAAGUCGCUUUCUCCCUGUACAGUUGUGAUUAUUUUGACCCCCUUUCUUCCCUUUCUUCUUCUUUUAUAGAAUAAAAAAAUGUUUUUUGGUGCGAUUUCA